UAUAUUUAUUGUUUUAUUUAUGCGUGUAGAUGUAUAUUUAUAAAUAUUAAAUAAGGAACAAUUGAUAAUUAUUGAAGAAAUGGAUUCUCCAAGAUCACCACACAAUAAUCUUAGUUCUGAAUUGAGAAACAUUAUUACUAAUAAAAAUGUUAUGACUAUGAAAUCACGUAUGAAAGUUUUAAAUGCUCUUAACGAAGAUGAUUUAAGAAAUAAAGCUGAAAGAGAAAAACGUUUGCGACUACAAGCUAUAAAAGAAAUUUUAACAACAGAGGCAACAUAUUUACAACAAUUGGAAAUAUUAAUGGAGUUCUUUUUACAACCGAUCAUUGAAAAAAAGUUUUUCAAUGGUUUAUUAAUAAAUACAUUAUAUGAAAAUGUAAAAACAUUGUAUAACAUUAGUGGAGAAUUAAUUAGAGAAAUAAGAGAAGAUUCUGAGUGCAUUGCUGGAGCAUUUUAUAAGCUUGCUCCAUUCUUUAAAUUGUAUUCUGUUUAUGCAUAUGAUUAUGAACAAUUAUCAACACUUAUACAGAUUAUUCAACAGAAGGAUCCUGUUUUUAAAAAUUUCAUAAGUGAACAAGAAACACGACCAGAAGUUGGCAGAACAUUGUCUUCGUUAUUAAUUAUUCCUAUACAAAGAGUACCAAGAUAUAAAUUACUUUUGAAAGAAGUUUUACAACAUACUCCUAACAAACAUAAAGAGUAUAAUCUUUUACAAGCGUGUUUAGUCGAAGUUGAAAAAGCUGCUGUACAUAUUAAUAAUUUAGUUGCCGUUAAUGAGGAUACCAAAAAAUUAUUGAAUCUACAAAAGUGUAUUGUAAAUGGUGUUAAUUUGGUAAAACCUGGAAGAAAAAUACUCAUGCAAGGAAAUUUAAUGAGAGUUUCUAGAAAUGGUGUUACUGCUUAUAGAAGAUAUUUUGUACUUUUAAAUGAUACUUUAUUAUAUUGUAAAGGAAAACCAGAAAGUUCAUUGACUGUACGUUGUGUACUUCCUUUAAAUAAGUGUAAAGUAGUAAGUGUAUUGAGUGGUGGACUUUUUCGUGUAACGUGUUUAGAAGAAACUCUGUUUUUAUAUUCAGAAAAUGGAGAUAGCAAUUCUUGGAUACAAAUGUUGCAAAAAUCUAUCAUAAAGUACACUGAAAGUAGACAAACUUUAAGGAAGGAUAGUAGUUCAAGACAACCACUGAGACAUAAAAAUAUCAAUUUAUUUCAGUCGGAUGAUAUACAAGAAAAAUAUUUAAAACGAAAAAGAGAGAAAAAUAAAAAAGAUGUUCAAUUGAAUCCAUCAAGAAUAAUGUAUUUUGACAAGGAGAAUCAAGAGAAUGAUAUGGAAGAGGAGAAAGAAAAUAGUUUUCAGUUACAUAGAAAAUCAAAAAGAUUUAAAACUGAUAAUCUUACAAGCAUACACCAAGACAAGGAUACUUUAGAACUUUGCGUAAUGGAAAGUUCAAAUACAUCGUUUUCAUAUUUGACUGAUUCAAAUUCUACUCAUUAUUUUUCCUCAGCAUUAAAAAAUAUUGGUGAAUUUUUUUCAUAUAUUAGCUCAUCUGUAAAAAAUCUUUUUGGACAUAGAUAAUGUUCUUAUAUUCAUUAACAAAUGAAUUGUAAUAUAUUGG